AUGAGUGAGUUGAGUAAGCCCAAAGAAGACCUUCAGGACGCAGUUGAGGCCCAGGGCCCAAUGGAGGCACAGCUCUUGGAGGCUGAGGAGGACGAGGCCACAUCCCACUUGGCCUCCUACCUCCCAGCAUCCUCCUCUGCUCCUUUGGAGGCCUUGCCCCAAGAAAUUCUGAAUGAGAUGAUGGCUAACCUGAUGAAGUUCCUGCUCCUCAGUUAUCGAGCCAAGGAGCUGACCUCCCAGGCAGAAAUGCUGAAG